AUGUGGGAAUCGCUUAUGCGUUUGCAUUUUCUCUUGCUACUCUUGCUCUGUUGUGUCUCCCCUUCAAGCUUCUCAAUUGUCACUCUUAAUGAUGAUGUUGGUGGUCUUGUUGGUUGUCGUCGUCACCAGAUUCAAACCUUUGCUCAUUUCAAAAACGAGUUUGAUACUCGUGGUUGCAACCAUAGUGACUUCUCUAAUGUAGUCUGGUGCGAUAACUCGACGGGUGAGAUCACGAAGCUACAACUCAAUGCCUGUCUCAGUGGAACCUUGAAGCCCAACAGUAGCCUCUUUGGAUUGCAUCAUCUUCGUUACCUUAAUCUCUCACACAACGAUUUCAUCUCAUCUUCAACAAAUUAG